CCUUUGCAAGAGGUAACUGAUGUUCGUAAAGCAAAGACAGCUGCCAUUUUUCCUAAGCGCUUUCAGUUGACUGAAGAAAUUAAUUGGCAUCGAAUAUGACAUGGGCUAUGACUUUCUUCUUCUUUGAUUACUCUGAAUUGUCUUUGGGUGCAAAAUUUGGGACUUGUCAAGAGGUUCAGAAACUUCGUCUUUACAAAAACAGGCGUCUAAUGAUUCAAACCUCUCAGUCAAUAGGUCAUGCCCCAUAUGGGGACCAUUUCACUGUAGAGGGCAUCUGGGAUGUCGAACAAGAUAGCCUAGAUGAGAACUGUUGUGACCUCAGGAUAUAUAUUAAUGUAGCUUUCUCAAAGAAAACAAUAUUUAGAGGGAAAAUAGAGCAGAACCAUGUGAAAUAAAUUUUGCUCCGGCGUUGCCCCCCUUUGUGCUGUCUGUGCCCCUGCCUCUGCCUUGUGGAGGCUUAGAGGUGCCUUGGUUGUCUGGUGAUAGUUUCAUCGGAAAGCUGUAGAUUGAAGAACUACGCUCAUAUAAUCAUAA